AUGCGGAGAGUCGUGGUGACUGGUUUAGGGGCUGUGACGCCUUUGGGAGUGGGAAUUCGAACAACAUGGACCCGUGUCCUCAAAGGCAAAUGUGGCAUCGUCUCUACUAAACAUCUCGGCCCUGAAUUCGCGGCCCUCCCUAGUCAGGUCGCGGGCAUUGUGCCUGUGAGUUCCGGUGAAGAUGCUGGCGCAUGGGUCGCCAAAGAUCAUGUCUCUCCUGGAGAACUCCGGCAGACCGCUAGAUUUGCCCAGUACGCUCUUGCAGCUUCGGAAGAGGCAUUGAAAGAUGCCGGCUUCGAGGGUGGGAAGGGCCUCGAUCCUGAAAUGACGGUACGAGCAGGUGUACCAGGCAUUGGAAACCUCGAGGAACUCUACGACACCUCUAUUGCCUACCAUCAAUCUGGCAAUAACUAUCGUAAAAUCCAUCCAUUAUUCGUCCCACGGCUUCUCAUCAACCUCGGUGCCGGCCACAUAUCCAUGAGAUAUGGUUUGCGGGGUCCAAAUCAUGCAGUCACAACUGCAUGCACAACAGGCGCUCACUCGCUGGGCGACGCAGCUCGAUUCAUCAAAGCCGGCGAAGCAGACAUCAUGAUCGCCGGUGGAGCCGAAUCCUGCAUCCACCCACUCGCGAUCGGUGGGUUUGCGAGAUCGCGAAGCCUGGCGACGAAGUGGAACGACAAUCCUUCUAUGGCAUCUAGACCGUUCGACAAGGAUCGAGCUGGGUUUGUCAUUGGAGAAGGCGCCGCGUGUGUUGUGCUGGAGGAACUCGAACAUGCCAAAGCCCGAGGCGCCACCAUCUACGCAGAGCUAGCUGGCUAUGGGAACUCGGCUGACGCUUUCCAUCUGACUGCGCCGCGGGAGGAUGGAAGUGGUGCAUAUCAAGCUAUGAAGAAAGCUCUGCGAGAGGCGAAGGUCUCGCCUUCCGAAGUCGAUUACAUCAACGCACACGCUACAUCUACUCCCCUCGGGGACGCAGCGGAGAAUCAAGCCAUCAAAUCGCUGCUACUAGGUGAGCACGGAAAAGCGAAAGCGAGCGAAAUCAACGUCAGUAGCACCAAAGGUGCAAUCGGGCAUCUCUUGGGCGCUGCAGGCGCGAUAGAGGCCGUGAUUGGUAUUUUGGCUAUCCACGAGAAUGUUCUGCCUCCAACCAUCAAUCUCGGGUCCAUGGACUCUGAGUUCGAUUGCAAUUAUGUUGCAAACACUGCGCAACAGCGGAAAUCCAGAGUGGUCCUUAGCAAUAGUUUCGGCUUUGGUGGCACAAAUGCGAGUCUAUGCUUCACCAAGCUCGAGUGA